GCUUCUCUCCCCAUUUCCUUAUCCAUAAAAUGACUCUAAUGCCUGGCUUAGCUUUAUUAUUUGGUGGUUCUAUUUUACUUGUUAUUAUUGAGAUUAUGAACAAUCCUAACAACAGGCAGUAGUUUAAAGUCUGCUGUCUGCUGAAUGCUUUCCAUAGUUAUCAUUCUUAAUUCUCAAAAUAGUCAUGAAAGCCUGGCUGUGUCAUAAGUAGUUAAUUCCUAUUCACCCUUCAAAACUAAGUUCAACAUCUUCUAUUCCCAGAAGACUUCUUGGACUUCAUCUCUCCAUUCUGAGUGGCUAACAUCUCAUCAUCAUCAUCAUCAUCAUCAUCAUCAUCAUCAUCGUCAUCAUCAAAGGCUUUGAGACACUCACUAUCUGGAUGCGCAGACAAAGGGAAGAGUACUGAACAGCCAGGAGGCAUAAAUAAAGGCUGCUUGUGGAAGUCAGACCAAAUAGCAGGAAGGUUUUGCAGCAAGAUGGAUGUGAGAAAGGACCAGUCUCGCUUGAUGCUCCAUCAGACACCUGAUUCUCAUCAAGAAGAGAGCCGUGUUCCAGAAGUCAUUGGAACUUGGAGUUUGCGAAACAGAGAGCAACUCAGAAAAAGAAAAGCCGAAGCGCAAGAAAAGCAGUCUUCACAAUGGCAGUUUGGAGAGAAAAAACACAAGCGGCAGAGAACAGGAAGAGGAAAUCAAAGAGGCCGAAAGAGACAACAAAAGACAGAACUGAAGGCGGAGCCUGGGUCACAUUUAGAAAAGGAAAUUAUGGAGAAAGCUCUGGCACUUACGGAGAAAGAAAGUGAACCACCUAGGAGUGUAACUGAAGCUCUCCCCUCGGGGGCCUCCCCCCAAAGAGUUGUGCCUGAGAAACAUUUUUCUGCAAUAGAUCAAGAAAGCAUUAUACAUCAGGAAAGCUCUUCUGAGUACCAAGAAACAGUGGUACAAAACCACCCUUCUGACAUAUGCCAAGACAGGGCUGGACCCGAAGACCUCUCUCCUAAAAGGUGCCCAGAAACAGCUGUGCUUCAAGACCAUCCUUCCAAAAGCCACCAUGAUACGACCGAGCCUGAAGACCUCUCUCCCAAAAUGUGCCAAGAAACAGCUGUAGCCAAAGCCCUUCCUUCUAAAACAUCUGACGACGUAGCUGACCUGGAAGGAUGCUCUCUUGAAGCAUACCCCAAACCAGAUGUUCCUAAAGGCUAUGCUCUUGAAGCAUACCAAAAAAGAGCUGAACUCGAGGAAUACGAUUCUGCACCAGGUGAAGGAGUAGCGGAGACUGAAAGCUUCCUUCCAAAAACACAAGAAAUAGCGGUGCCUAAAGACCUUUCUACAAAAACAUCCCAAGAAACAGCUGAACCCGAACAAUUUUCCCCUAAAACAUAUAAAGAAAUCACUGUCCCUAAUGCCCCCUAUCAUAAAACAAUCCAAGAAACACCAGCUCCUGAAGAAUAUCCACCUGAAAUGUACCAAGAAACACCCGGGCAAGAAGAAUACUCACCUGAAAUAUACCAAGAAACCCCUGGGUGUGAAGACUAUUCACCUGAAAUACACCAAGAAACACCUGGGCCUGAAGAUUGUUCACCUGAAAAAUACCAAGAAACCCCUGGGUGUGAAGACUAUUCACCUGAAAUAUACCGAGAAACACCUGGGCCUGAAGACUGCUCACCUGAAAAAUACCAAGAAACACCUGGGCCUGAAGACCUCUCUACUAAGACAUAUAGAAAUAAGGAUCUGUCUAAAGAACACUUUCCAGAACGAUACCAAGAAACAGGUGGGCCCCAAAGCCAGGAUCCUAAAGCACACCAGGAAGAUGCUAAGGAUGUUUCCACUUUUCCUCAAGAAAUUAAAGAACGCAAAGCAGAAGAACCAGAGACACCAGCAAUUCCAAACAUUCCUCAAGAGCUUCACCCAGAAAAUGACGUCCAUAGUUACGUUUUGUUUUAACAAAUGCUCAACUAUCAUAGUUGUCCAACAAAAUACACAUCUUAAUAUAC